UGGCUGCUGUGCGCAGAGAUAUGGCUGUGAAGAUUGAGCUUUGUAUUUGCAGUUCCUCAGGCAAACUCUUUUACACUGAGCGUGGAAUUUGUUUUGGUAACGAACGUGUUGGUUUGUUCAGAUGGAUCCAACUUGCAGCAAUGGAUCAUAACGUUAGCGUUCAUGGCUCAGCGACUUCAGGAAGUCUCUGGAACAUAAAUAUCGGUUCAAGAAAAGCAAACAACUUCUACUUUUUUGUCUUUUCACAGAGCUGCCACGAGGAAGCAAAGCAUCGUUAUUGUUUCUUUCAGUUCUCAGCAUAAAAGGAAGUAAGGCUUAAUAAAAACUCUGGGCUGCAAGAUUUCAUGAGAGAGGCAGAGAAAAAAGAGGAGGAGAGCAGUGCUGGGGAAAAGCAGGUGCGAUUAAUGAAUAGUUUGUAGCCCAAUGGGAUGCUGGUGAAACAAACAGAAUUUUCACAGCCAUGGAUAACACCAGAACACAAGAUGCUUUUUCACAGUUAAGCCAGGAAAAAAUCCUCAAAAUUAUGAACAUGGUGAAAAAUAAGGAAGUGAGCAUUGAAGGAGCUUUGCAUCUGGCACAGAAAGAAGCGUAUACCGAUAAGGACUCACAGGAUUUGCUAACUGGCUCGCUAUUUAACUACAGUAUCUACAAAUACAAACACUAUCGGUGGCAGAAACGAAUUUUGCAGAUUGAUUUCAACACAAAGACAAUUUUUAACAUUGAAAAAGGAAUUAUUAAGAAACAGUUCCCUUUCUCACAAGUCAAAUCCUGUGAAGAUUCUGAAAGAAGACGCUUCAGCAUUGUGUUUCAUGGGCGACAAGAUUAUGAGCUGGAGGCAGUGUCUCUUGAUGAUAAAAGGAAGAUAAUGUACCUGUUGAGCAGAGUGAUGCAGAGUAACUCAUACAAGAGGCUGGGGGAGCCCUGCUUGGGGAGAGCUGCAGAGUGUGAUGUCGUGCACGAAGGAGUGCUGGAUUUGCAGCAGAACACUUUUAUGUCCACUGAAUGGGUGAAGUACUUCGUACAACUGCGUGAGGGAGAACUGACUUUAUAUUGCAUAGGUCUGGGAGGAGAGAGCAAGAAUGCAUGCCCUGCAAUGAAUGCAAUUCAUUUGUCAAGUGGUAAUGUGAGUGUCAGCAAGGAGAAUGAAUGCGGUACCUUUUCGGUCCAGACCAAAGGACACAAUUAUUUGUUUCGGAUACCCUUUACUGUCCAAAAUAACAGGACAGAGGAUGUUAGCAAGCUCCAGAAUGAAUGGGUGUCUCUCAUAGAAAGGUACUGUCAGCUGUGCAGGAGUGGUUCUCUGUCCCAGGAGGAAUCUCAAGGAGACACCUCCUCUGAAGCUGAUUAUGAGAAUGUUACUGUAGCUCUGAAUGAACAGAAAGAGGAGGCCCUUGGUUUUGGUGUGAGCACUGCAACAACCAAUCUGAACAGGCCUUCAAGCUCCCAGACAGAGCCUGCAAAGGGGGACGUAGCCCCAGCAUCAGCAUCUACUCCAGUUCCCACAAGUAAGGCGGAGGUGCCACCAGCCCCACCUGCACUCUCCCAGUCCUGCAGCCCUUCUCCCUUGGCAAAGAGAACCAAAGCCUUUCACUGGGAUGUUGUUCCUUGUGAUAAGAUUCAAAAAUCCAUGUGGGGGUCUUGUGACCUAGGCAAGAAAAAGAUAGACACAUCCAGACUCUGCGAGCAGUUCCAGAUCCAGGACGUGGCAGUGUUUUCAGGCAAUGAACCAUCAGUGAAUCAGCACAUCAUGUUAGAUCGAAAAGUUGCACAUAACUUCAGCAUUUUUCUUAAAAGUUUCCGUAUAAAACCAAGUGAGCUGAAAGAAAAACUAUACAUUAUACAUGAGGAGAGUGGUGGACUUACAGAUGAACAGAUUACAGCGCUACGAAGAUACAUGCUAACACCGAAGGAUGCAGAGAAGUACCAGACGUUCCGGGGGUGCCCCUCAGAGCUACAUAUAGUCGAUCAGUUUAUGUUGGAGAUGUGUAAAAUCCCUCACUUAGGCCAGAGGUUGGAUCUCCUGCUUGCCAUACGUGAACUCCCUGUGAGCAUGGGAGAUUUGGAGCCUCUAAUAAACCAGAAGAUCCAAGCAAGUAAGCAGCUGCAUUCCAGCCAGAAGUUUAUUGCUGUCUUGGAGUACAUUUUAGCCAUUGGAAACCAUUUAAAUGAGAAUGCCGGAAAAGAAAAGGCAAAAGGAUUUCGAUUGUCAUCUUUGACCAAAUUAUCUCUGCUGCGGGGCAAGGAGAGGACGUUCACCUUGCUUCACGCCCUUGUGGAACAGAUCUCCUUACAUGAGCCUGAUCUGGUGAAAUUUUCUCAGGAACUGACAGAAUUUGAAGCUGUUCCUGACGCUUCCAUGAAGGGCCUAAGUGCUGAAGUUGAUGUUCUAAAAAAGGAAUUGGAAAACGUUACUCAAUGCAGGCGGCUUAUCAAACCCAGGGCAACCAAGGCAACACCCCAGGAGUCACAGUUCUGCAGAGAACUGAAGGACUUAAUUCAGAAAUACGAAGGGGAUCUAUCCCAGCUGUCAAAAAGAUGUGAAGAAAUGAAGAAGCUGUAUAGCAGUGUACUGGUAAAAUUUGGGGAACCACAAGACCUGGACUCUCAGGAGCUAUUUGGAUGGAUAUCUUCAUUCAUUAGAGAGUUUAGGAAGGCCUGUGCUGAAGUCAUGCAGUAAGGACAACACUACUCGUGAAGUAGGGAGGGAAAGAGAGGUGAAGGAAACUAUGUUUAAGUUAAUUGUUUUGAAAGUUGCCCUACCAAGAAGGUGCAAGUACCAUAUAGUUUGUACAGCAGCAUAUUUCAAUUUAAAGAUAUGUUCAAUUUGUAAUGUGUAGUUUUGCAAGUGAUAUUAGACUUGUGGCCCUGCAGGCUGCUCAUGAAACUGCUUCACUUUUUACUAUGUAUGUACCUAGAGAUGCCUGUGAAGUUAGAAAGAAGACACUCUUGAUAUUUUGUAAUUUCUCUUUCUAUUUUUGUCUUUGACAUCCAGUCUUCUGACUGAGCUUUAGCUGUUACUUUCAGUGAAUAAAUUUGUGUAUGGUGAUCUAAUUUUUAAUUUUUUUUCUGUAGUUUUCUAAAAAAAAUACCUCACAACUUUUGUAAUGAAAUGGGGAGCCAUUCUCCCCUGUAGGUAACAUUAGCAAGAAGUCUUGGUUGUCUUCAGCUAUCAAAGCAUUGCAGCGUUAGUAUUUAAUGGAGAAAGUGCCUGGUAAGUGUUUCCCCCCCCCCAGAGUAGUACAAUAAGGCAGUGCUUUUUUUUGGAUAAAAUACUGUAGAAAUCAAUCAGUGCAUUGGUAGGAAGAGAACAAUAUCAAAGAAGUGAAAUAAAGACAUGUCAUGAGGCAUCUAAGUAACGUAUAGCAAAAGUAGUUAUUGACGGUUUUCAAAAGUGAAAUUACUUCUGUUGCAUUUGUUGGCUUUUCCAUAUUUUAAUGAGAAUAAUUACUUGCAGCUAAAAAAGAAGAAGAAAAGGAAGACUGUAAAUGCAAAGACAAAAAGGUUGAACACUGAAAGCAGAAAAUAGUCCUAUGAAGCCAUUGAUAAAACAUUGCAUUUUCUCUAUCAGUUUUACAGCAUAGUUUGAUAAAAUGUGUAUUCCGUGACUUACUAUAGAUCUGCCUGCCCAAGUCUCACAAUAUUUCAGCUUUGAUAGAAAGUCCAACAGAUAGAAAUGCUGAACGCUCCCCUUGGCUUCAAUACUGAAAGAAAUUACAACUGACCCCUCUGAAAGGUUUAGAUGCUCUUACAUCUGUAAUUGCCUUAUUAGAAUACUCUCUCCAGUGCCAUGUGAGAUUUCUCUCCAUCCAGGUGCCAGGCAUUAUGCAGGUGUGCUGAUGAGCAAAGAUUCAGCUGCUCUUCCAGCUGUGUUUGGUUAAGAGACAAACCUGGAGCCUCCUAUGAAUGCCAGUGGGCCUCACUGCUUAAUUUUUCUGCUUUAAAUCCACCCCUCAUCUCAGGGGAAUUAAAAAAAAAUUGAGGAAGAAGCUCAAUAGACUCAAUAGACACCCCCAAACCAACCUACCAACAAAAAAAAAAUUAAAGAAGCAAAUGGAGGGAUUUUGUUUUAGAGAAAAUGUACUUGUUUUCUACAAUGGCUAUGUUUGACUCAAGUCAGCAUCAGAAUAGUGACACCUGGCUGACACUGAAUCAGUAGUGUCUGUAUAUCAGGAUCUAUAGCAUCUAUCUGUGUCAGGAGCUACAGCUGAAGAUCUUUUUUUGGCCAGAAGAGGAAAAAUAAAUUCCUCUUUAAUAUCUUGCGUCUCUGUAUCAUAAUGCACGAUCCAGAGCGCAUACGUACAUCGUAAACCACACUUGCAGUUUUUGAUGUGUGUUGUUACUGCUCCAAAAUCGGAACCAUCUUCAUUUAUAUGUGAAUCAUGUAAGAUAACCCUGAAUACAAGUGCCAUUUCCAUGGUAUCCGGAUCCCUGCAUCCCUGAACAGCAUUCGUGAUGGUCAUGAUAAGUUUCAUGGUAUUCUGCCAUUGCCUUAGCUCAGGAGUCCUGGGAAGUCUCUUCUAACUAAAUAGUUUUCUCUUUUUUUUUUUUUCCUGAUUCACUUUUCCCCCCGGCCCCUUUUCUCUUUUAUUAUACCUAACAGCUUGUACUUGUUUUACAGCUCAACUGGCAUGUCUUCUUCCAAUUAAAAAUAUAUUCUACACAGUA